GAGUGAUAGCUUGAUGAUUGAUGUGAAUAAAUAAACGAGCGAGUCUAAUUUUGUAUACAGUUGUAGCACAUAUUGUGUUCUAGUAAUGAGUAGAUUACAGUAAUCUAGAGAAAUACUUUUUCCACAAAAUGAGUGCCAAUAAUGUUAAUGCUCAAGUCCCAUCCACACAACAGACAACUGCUACAAUAAAAUCCAGACCAAACAUUAUGCCCAGUAGCUACAUAUAUACUUCUAGUAGUGCUUUGUUGAACCGUAAUCCAGAAAACAAACCUACUCCACCUCCUACUCUUCCAAAGUAUACAUCAAGUUUCAAUGCAGGUAAUGGUUUGAACAGAGAUAGAGAUAAGGAUAGCAUAGGAGGAUCUUACAGGCUAUCUAGCUUAGAUCGUCUAGCUAUGAGGCAAAAAUUCAUGGAUCAGCAGAAUAAUUCUUCAACAAAUGGAGGAACUCCAGCUAAUGGAAAUAUUGAAAUCAAUUCAAGCUCUGCUACACUACAAAGUAAGAGAGAAAUGUUUUUCACUUCCACAGACUCUCCCAAUACAGCAUGCAAAGAUUCUAAUAGACUAAACAAAACUCCCUCCAUAGAGAAAUCUUUGGAGACCACAUCAUUGAAGUCUGGAUCUCCUGAUUCAACCAAAGAGGAUAAUAGUAAAGAAUCAACUCCUGAAAUAGUGAAAGAACGUCCAAAACCAAAGGAGCUUGAUGGAUAUGUGGGAUUUGCAAAUCUACCAAAUCAGGUGUAUAGAAAAGCUGUGAAAAAAGGAUUUGAGUUCACUCUAAUGGUUGUGGGUGAAUCAGGUUUAGGAAAGUCUACUUUGAUAAAUUCUAUGUUUUUGACAGAUUUGUAUAAUGCAAGUGAUUAUCCUGGUCCUACACAAAGACUCAAGAAAACUGUAGCUGUGGAAACAACUAGAGUAUUGUUGAAAGAAAAUGGUGUUAAUUUACUCCUGACUAUGGUAGACACUCCAGGUUUUGGUGAUGCUGUGGACAAUAGUAAUUGCUGGACUCCAGUGAUAGAGUUCAUAGAAAGUAAAUAUGAAGACUAUUUGAACUCUGAAGCUAGAGUCACAAGGAAAAUGAGCCCUGAUCAGCGUGUCCAUUGCUGCUUAUAUUUCAUCCAACCCUCUGGACAUGGCUUGAAAUCUUUGGACAUAGAAUUCAUGAAACGUCUAUGUGAUAAAGUGAAUAUCAUCCCUGUAAUAGCUAAAGCUGAUACUUUGACAGAAGAUGAAUGUAAUCUUUUCAAAAAGCAAAUUCUCAAUGAGAUUGCUCAACAUAAAAUUAAGAUAUAUGAGUUCCCUGAUACUCCUGAUGAAGAUGAAGAACAAAAACUGAAUAAGUCAUUGAAGGACAGGGUGCCAUUUGCUGUGGUUGGCUCAAAUGUUGUUAUAGAAGUUGAUGGAAAGAAAGUCAGGGGUAGAAGAUACCCUUGGGGUAUUGCAGAAGUGGAAAAUUUGGAACACUGUGAUUUCAUAGCACUCCGUAACAUGGUCAUACGUACACAUCUUCAGGAUCUAAAGGAUGUUACUAAUAAUGUACAUUAUGAAAACUACAGAUGUCGCAAGUUAGCAGGAUUGGGCACUGAUGGUAAGCCAUCUAGGAUAUCCAACAAGAACCCUCUGGCACAAAUGGAUGAAGAAAAGCGUGAGCAUGACGUGAAAAUGAAAAAGAUGGAAGCUGAAAUGGAGCAGGUGUUUGAGAUGAAGGUGCGCGAGAAAAAACAGAAACUGAAAGAUAGUGAGGCAGAAUUGACAAGGAGACAUGAAGCCACCAAAAAAACAUUGGAGCUUCAAGCAAAAGAACUAGAUGAAAAACGACGCCAGUUUGAAAUGGAGAAGGAAUCAUGGGAGAAGGAGAAUCAAGUGACAGUGGAGGAGUUACGCAGAAGGUCUCUAGAAGGCAGCAGAGAAACUGUUGAUGGAAAGAAAGAGAAAAAGAAGAAAGGCUUGUUUUAACAGAAGUUAUAUGGUGAAAAUAUUUUUGUUUUGAACAUGGUAUUGAACUGCCUGAAGAUAUUUCACCUUAUAUUUGGUAGGAUAUGAAAGUCUCUGAUGAAUGGCUACACUCUAUGUUGAUACUUUGUUCAAGAAGUUGCUUUAUAUGGUGGAAUAUUGAUUUCAUUCUGCAUUUCAUUGAUCACUGUGAAUUCAAACAGUUUCUGAACUGGCUUAUGGACUAUUAUAAAUUAUAAUAAAACAAUAGGUUUGCUUUGCAGU